AUGCAGGUGAGCGCCGGAAUGCGAAGUUCGGUGCGACUGGUGCAAGACGUUGUGCUCCCCAUUUCGGAUACAAGCGGAGAUAGUUGGGAGAAUAACGUUGAUUGGACCACUGAUGAUGAACUUGAGGUAUUUGGCGUGCCAUUGCAAGGGUCUCUGAGAAUAACAAACACUAGUGAGGAAAGCACUUCUCGCAUGUUAAAGAAGGACGAGACACUGUCAAUGCUUGUGGAUAUGGGAUACGCAAUGGAAGAGGCUUUGAUAGCUAUGGAUAAAUGUGAACACCAUGCAGGCAUUGAUGCCCAAAUAAGUGAGCUGAUGGAUUUUAUUUGCGCUGCUCGAAUAGAGAAGGAAAUUGAUUCCCAACUUCAACAUUCACAUAAUCAGAAACCCAUCGCACCUACCCACACAUUCGAAAAGGAACCAUAUUUAUUUCAUAACACAGCCAAGGAAGUGAAACAAAACAACGAAAAAUGGGAAAGCAGAAUAUGCAGUUCAAGUGAAAAGGCUAUAGUGAUUGAUGAUGAGGAGGAAGACACUUCUUUUAUUUUAGAGAAGGACGAGACAUUGUCCACGCUUGUGGAUAUGGGAUUCACAAUGGAAGAGGCUUUGAUAGCUGUGGAUAAACAUGGCCUUGAAGCCGACAUGAGUGAGCUAACAGAUUUCAUUUGCGCUAAUCGAAUAGAAAAGGAAAUUGAUUCCCAACUUCAAAAUUCAUAUGAUAAAAAACACAGUGGAGCUGUCUAUACCUUUAAAAAGUCAAUAUAUCCCUAUGGUUAUACAACUAAGAGAAUCAAACUUGGCAACGAAAAAUGGAAAAGCAGAAUGUACAGGGCAAGUGAGAAGAUAGCGGCAACGACUGAUGAGGGGGCGUUGCAUAUUCCUAAUCCCAUGACAGGAUUAAGUACACCCAAUGAAUUUUGUCCCAUUGUAGAGCGAAAGCUCCCAGAGAUAGUUAAUGGUCCACCCUACUUCUAUUAUGAAAAUGUUGCUAUCACUCCUAAAGGAGUUUGGAGUAAGAUAUCACGUUUCCUAUACGAAGUUGAGCCAGAAUUUGUUGACUCCAAAUUCUUCUCCGCUGCAGCGAGGAAAAGAGGAUAUAUCCAUAAUCUUCCCAUUCACAACCGUUACCCUCUCGCUCCUCCCCAACCACUCACUAUUGCCGAAGCUUUACCUUCAACCAGCAAGUGGUGGCCUUCGUGGGACAAGAGAACAAAACUCAAUUGCCUUCAAACCUGCAUAGCUAGUGCCAAACUCACACAGAGAAUAAGGAAAAAGCUUGAGGGAAGUAAUAGCGAACCCCCUCCACAUGUCCAAGAGUAUAUACUUCAACAGUGUAAAAAGUGGAACUUGGUUUGGGUCGGAAAAAACAAGGUGGCACCACUUGAACCUGAUGAAUUGGAGAUGCUGAUGGGAUUCCCAAGGCAUCACACCAGAGGUGGUGGAAUCUCCAGGACAGAUAGAUACAAAGCCCUUGGCAAUGCAUUUCAGGUUGAUACAGUUGCCUACCAUCUUUCAGUAUUGAAGGAUCGUUUUCCAAAUGACAUGAAUGUCUUGUCCCUCUUCUCUGGCAUUGGGGGCGCUGAGGUUGCUCUGCAUCGACUUGGAAUUACACUUAAAAAUGUGGUAUCUGUGGAGAUAUCUGAAGUAAAUAGAAACAUUAUUCGCAGUUGGUGGGAACAGACCAACCAAACCGGAAAUCUGAUUGAGGUUGAAGACGUGCAAGAAGUGAGUGCAGAUAAAUUGGAGAGAUGGAUGGCUUCUUUUGGUGGGUUUGACCUUGUCAUUGGUGGGAGCCCCUGCAAUAACCUCGCAGGCGCUAACAGAGUGAGUAGAACUGGACUCGAGGGCAAGGAUUCCUCCCUUUUCUAUGAAUACUAUCGUAUUCUAGACCAACUCAAGACCGUGAUAAGGGGUUAG